CCCCGCCUCUCCCUCCUUCCCUCCCUCCCUCGCGGGGAAGAUGGCGGCGCCCUUAGCGCGGCAGCUGGAGGAGCUGCUCAACCCCCGGCCCAGCUUGCGCGACCCCGAGGACGACGCGGAGGAAGCUACGGUUGCUAAAGUGAUUGACAAAUUUGAGGAUGAAACUGCAGAUGACAUUUUCCCUGUUGGUGAUAUACGAAAAAAAGCUUCAGCCUCUCUCUUGCAAGCUGAUAAAAGGUACAGUGGAAAAGCUACAUCUCGCAAAGCUUUGCAAGAAGAACUCUGGGGAGAUGCUCUGUCUGAAGAAGGAUCUGCGGAAGAAGCAUUAGAUGAAUGGUACAGUGGCAGUGAAGAUUCAGAAGAGAAUGGCAGCUUAGGCAGUAAAACAAAGGAGAAGCUCAGCAGUGCUGGCAGUGACCAGGAGGAUGACUUGGAAGACGAUGAAGAGACAGAUCCAUCUGUCAAGGCCAAGGCACCGAAGUUCAGUUUCCAGAAUAUCACAGACUUCAAGAAAUUUACGGAGGGGAUGGAUGAUGUUGGAAGCACUGAGGGGGAAGAUGAAGGUGAUGCCAGCAUGGAGGAAGGAAGUGAUGAGGAGGAAGGAAGUGAUGAGGAGGAAUAUGGGAGUGAAAACCACGAUAAUAUAAAGGAAGCCAAAGACAGCGAAGAUGAUGGGGGGAUGAUGACAUUCUCAAAAGGACAAGAGACUGAAGAAGUAGAAAAAGGAAAAGCAGUGAAGAACCAGCUAGCACUGUGGGAUCAACUGUUGGAAGGGAGAAUCAAGAUGCAGAAGGCGCUCCUAACGGUCAACAGGCUUCCGCAGCCAGAUACUUACCCAAUCUUCAGAAAGGAAGGUGGACAAGAAUUUGACAAUGCUGUCGAGAACUGUUGUAAAGCCCUGGAGGCAUUGCUGAAAGUAUUAGUGGAACUUCAGGAUGAGCUGCUUUAUCAAUACCCAGGCACAAGGCAUCUGGUAGAUGGAAAACAAUCACGAACUGAGAGUGAUGAUGAAAUCCCUAGCAGUAGUGAUGAAGAGCAAGUGGAUAAGGCUCAGCAGAAGAGAAGGAGCCUCCCCAAACGAAAGCUAAAGAUGGAGGACUACCCAGAAUUCGUAGCCAAGCGGUAUGCUGACUUUAGGACAUAUCGGAACAACGUCUUGCAGAAGUGGCACGAGAAGACAAAGCUGGCAUCUGGCAAAAUGGGAAAGGGUUUCGGUGCCUUUGAGCGUUCAAUCUUGACUCAGAUUGAUCAUAUUAUGAUGGACAAAGAGAGAUUACUACGGCGGACGCAGACCAAGCGAUCAGUGUAUACAGUGCUGGGAAAGAAGGAACAGGAAUCUCAUCCGGUCCCUGAAUCUUUGCCUGAAAAUUCGGAGGUCCUCCCUCAGUCAGAUUCCAACAGGCACCUGAAGGACAUAGAUGAGGAGAUAUUUGAUGAUGAUGACUUUUAUCACCAGCUCCUUCGAGAACUUAUAGAACGUAAAACCACUUCGUUGGACCCCAAUGACCAGGUAGCAAUGGGCAGGCAAUGGCUGGCCAUCCAGAAGUUACGAAGCAAAAUAAAGAAGAAAGUGGACAGGAAAGCCAGUAAAGGAAGGAGAAUCCGGUAUCAUGUCCAUAGCAAGCUGGUGAGCUUCAUGGCACCUAUUGACCACUGUACAAUGAAUGAUGAUGCCAGGACGGAGCUUUAUCGUUCGCUGUUUGGAAAAAUCACGGGUCCCGAAGAACCGGAGCGGAAUUAGCGUCGUGCCUCGGCGCCGGGAUUGACCGCGGCAGCAAACGCGGCUCCACACUGUGCGGCCCGGCCGGGAGCGAGGGGUCCGUCCCGCUGCCUGCGACGUCUCCUGCCAGCCCCGCUCUGCCCUGGUCACCCAGCGCUGCCGGGAGCACCCAGAGCUUGUGCCUAAAACCUCCCUGAAGGAACAUCAGAUCCGGUUACGGCUCCAUCCCACGGGCUCAGAAAGAGGAGUGGGAGGGAGACAUUUCGCUUGGCUAAAGGCCCUCCCCUCUAGCUUUAAAAUGAACUCUGCUUCCUCCCAAAGACAAUCCAUUUUUAACUAUUCUCUUUAAAUUCCUGACCUUGAUUUUGCAGUCCCUGGGGGGGGAAGGGACACGCCGCUCAGACCAGCAGGGACCACCAGCCCCCCCUGCAAUCAGGUCACCCACGUUUGUAUUCAGUCCUGAGAGAUUUUUAUUUGGGGGAUUUGGGGUGGGGGGGUGUUUGAGCAUGCUGUUCUGGUCGUUGGCUGCGUAUCUGGAAUGUGUGACUUUAUUUUUCACCGAGUCAAGAGGAUUUAAAUGUCAUUUACAUAAUUAACAGGGCCUUAAAGCAGAGAAAAGGUGCUCUCCCUUGGCAGCAGCCGGAGCUCCCGGUUCACGCUCCCGUCCCUGAACGAGCACACGGGGACAUUUGCUGCCCGGCCGUGAGCUCCAGGCGGGGGAACGGCUGGGGCUGGCUCUGCCCUUAGAACGUUUGGUGAAUUUUUGAGUCCAGCAUUGAUCCUGUACGCUCAGUUAUUUCUGCUGGUCAUGACUCUGAGCCGGCCUGUCUUCACCGUCGCCCUGACACUGAUGGAAGAUGCCGGCGCGACUGUAAAGAACUGGCCGGAGGAGAUGACUCACUUGAGGCGUUUUGUGAGGUUUUUAUAUCCAAAGGUCAGGAGCCGGAAAUUAAAUCCCCGUAAGGGGAAUUCGUUAGCCUGCUGCGAUCAAUCUGAAAUGGAGGUUAUCUUGCGUAAAUAAUAUGUGCAUAUAUAUGUGUGUGAGGUGGCCGGUGCUUGGGACCACGUGAACCGCACUGUCUUUGUUUUGUGUUCUGCGCAAUCUAAUUAAAAUGCUUU